GUCAGACUGAAGCAGGUAUACACUACAAUCCUUACAGUCAAACUCGGCCCUUCUACUAGACAUGUGGACAUACCACACUGCCUAGAUUCGGCCCAACCACACUUCAUGUGUACCUUUAACCUUAGUUAUUUAUAAUAAAAUUAUAUAUUUAUUUGACUCCUGAAGUGAUCGGACUAGUUUAUAAUGACCGAAGUUGAUAGAUCCGAUCCGGAACUUAAGUUCUUGGUCGUGGAUAGAAAUGCUUUUAGUGACCCCGCCACCCAGGCCGAAUGGGCUCAAAAACGGCUAGUAUGGGUCCCCGAUGAGACCUACGGGUUUAUCGCGGCCUCCAUGAAGAGGACCCAAGGGGAGGAGGUGGAGGUUGAGAUAGUUGAGACCUGUAAGAAAAAACUAGUCUCUAAAGAUGAUAUGCAGAAGAUGAACCCCCCUAAGUAUGAUAAACAGGAAGAUAUGGCGAAUUUGACUUGCUUGAACGAAGCCAGCGUCCUGCAUAAUAUUAAAGAGAGAUAUUAUUCCGGCCUUAUUUAUACGUAUUCCGGUUUGUUCUGUGUUGUUGUGAACCCCUAUAAACGUCUACCGAUCUACAGUGAGAAAAUUAUCGAGAUCUACAAGGGGAAAAAGAGACAUGAGGUUCCCCCUCAUGUAUUCGCAGUCACAGACAUUGCAUACAGGUCUAUGCUUCAAGAUCGUGAGGAUCAGAGUAUCCUGUGUACCGGAGAAUCUGGAGCUGGUAAAACAGAGAACACAAAGAAGGUCAUCCAAUACCUGGCUUUCGUAGCAGCAUCUAAACCCAAGUCAUCUAGCCUCAUCCCAGUUGCGAGUCAGGAUCUCAGCUUUGGUGAAUUAGAGCAGCAACUUCUGAAAGCUAAUCCAAUUCUCGAAGCUUUCGGAAACGCCAAAACUGUGAAGAAUGACAACAGUUCCAGAUUUGGGAAAUUCAUCCGGAUCAAUUUUGAUGCCAGUGGAUACAUCGCUGGAGCCAAUAUUGAAACGUAUUUGCUGGAGAAGGCUCGUAUUAUUCGUCAGACCUCUGAGGAGAGAUCCUUCCAUAUCUUCUAUCAACUUCUCAUGGGAGCCAGCAAGGAGUUCAAAACUGACUUUAUCCUGGAGGAUCCUAAGAACUACGCCUUCAUGACCGCCGGCGGAGUCAAGGUGCCCGGGAUAGAUGACCCAGAAGAAUUCCAGUCUACUCUCGCCUCUAUGAAGGUGAUGGGUAUGUCGGACGAUGACUUGACCUCCGUGUUCCGUGUGAUCUCCGCCGCCCUGCUCUUCGGCAACAUGGAGUUCAAGCAGGAGAGGAAUACAGAUCAAGCAACUCUACCAGAUAACACUGUAGCACAAAAGGUUGCACAUUUGCUUGGCAUCCAAGUCACUGACCUGACCAAGGCGUUCCUGAAACCCAGGAUCAAGGUGGGCCGCGACUAUGUCACCAAGGCUCAGACUAAGGAGCAGGUCGAAUUCGCCAUCGAAGCGAUUGCCAAGGCCACCUACGAGCGAUUGUUCAAAUGGAUCGUGACGAGGAUUAACCGUUCGCUGGAUCGUACCAAGAGGCAGGGGGCAAGUUUUAUCGGUAUUCUCGAUAUUGCUGGGUUCGAGAUCUUCGAGAUGAACAGCUUCGAGCAGCUCUGCAUCAACUACACAAAUGAGAAGCUGCAGCAGCUUUUCAACCACACUAUGUUCAUACUUGAGCAAGAAGAGUAUCAGAGGGAAGGAAUCGAGUGGAAGUUCAUCGAUUUCGGACUUGAUCUGCAGCCAACUAUUGAUUUGAUCGAGAAGCCUAUGGGUAUCAUGGCUCUGGUCGAUGAGGAAUGCUGGUUCCCGAAGGCCACCGACAAGUCCUUCGUGGAGAAGCUAAUGUCUUCCCACUCUCAGCAUCCUAAGUUCAGCAAAACUGACUUCAAGAACAAGGCCGAUUUCUGCAUCGUCCACUACGCCGGGAACGUGAACUACUCUGCGGAGAAGUGGUUAAUGAAGAACAUGGAUCCCCUCAACGAGAAUAUUGUUCAGUAUCUUCAGGCCAGUCAGGAUCCAUUCGUCUGCCAUAUCUGGAAAGAUGCUGAGAUAGUGGGUAUGGCCCAGCAGGCUAUGACGGAUACCCAGUUUGGUCGUGUAACGAGGAAAGGGAUGUUCAGAACGGUUUCCCAGCUCUACAAGGAACAGCUGUCCAAGCUUAUGGUUACUCUCAGGAACACCAAUCCUAACUUCUUAUUAGAAAUGGUGCUAUCACAUUCAUAUCAAAAAGUUGAACAAUCCCUUGAAUGUUUUUCUGUUCAGGUGUUGGAUCAGUUGAAAUGCAACGGAGUGCUUGAGGGUAUUAGGAUCUGCAGACAGGGGUUUCCUAACAGGGUUCCUUUCCAGGAGUUCAGACAAAGGUAUGAGCUGUUGACCCCUAACGUGAUCCCUAAGGGGUUCAUGGACGGAAAGAAAGCUUGUGAGAAGAUGUUGGACUCCCUGGAGCUGGAACCUGGACUCUUCAGGAUUGGUCAGUCCAAGAUAUUUUUCCGAGCUGGAGUUCUAGCUCAGCUGGAGGAGGAGAGGGAUGUUAGGAUAACUGAUCUUGUUGUCAAGUUCCAGGCUUACUGCAGAGGUCUUCUAGCUAGAAGGAACUAUCAGAAGAAAGUUCAGCAGCUGAACGCUAUCAGAAUCCUGCAGAGGAACUGUGCCGCGUACCUCAAACUCAGGAACUGGCAAUGGUGGAGACUUUACACUAAAGUCAAACCUCUUCUUCAGGUGACCAAGAAUGAUGAGAAGGUUAUCCAGAAAGAACAAGAACUUAAAGAGAUCACUGAAAGGCUUGAAAGCCAUGAGAAGCUUGUAUCUGACCUGGACAGGCAGUACCAACAGGCCCUGGAGGAAAAGAGUAUUCUAGCAGAACAACUCCAGGCGGAGAUUGAGUUAUGUGGAGAAGCAGAGGAGAUGAGGCAGAGAUUAGCCGCCAGGAAGCAGGAGAUGGAGGAGAUCAUUCAUGAUAUGGAGGCCAGGAUCGAAGAGGAGGAAGAGAAGGUUCUUAAGAUGAACGAUGAGAAGAAGAAGUUGCAGCAACAUGUUCAGGACCUAGAGGAGCAACUUGAGGAGGAAGAAGCAGCAAGACAAAAGCUGCAGAUUGAGAAAGUUCAGGCAGAAGCUAAGAUUAAGCAGUAUGAAGAGCAGCUUCUUGCUAGCGAUGACUACAAGGAGAAGUAUGGAAAGGAAAAGAAGGUUCUUGACGAGAAGCUGAGUGAUGUCAUGGCAACCUUAGCUGAGGAGGAGGAGAAGGCUAAGCAUCUGCUGAAACUGAAAGCCAAGCAUGAGUCCACUAUUGGAGAAUUAGAGGAUAAACUCCGCAAGGACAACCAGCAGAAACAGGAGGUUGAGAGAGCCAAGAGGAAGAUGGAAACUGAACUUAAUGAUGUAAAGGAACAGGUUGCCGAGAGGAAGCAGCAGGUAGAGGAGCUCCAGCUGCUUCUAGGAAAGAGGGAGGAAGAGGUUGCAACAGCAAUGAUGAAAGUUGAUGAGGAGGCAGCACAGAAGGCAGUAGCACAGAAGAGUCUGCGAGAGUUAGAGGCUCAACUUGGGGAAGUUGUUGAAGACUUGGAGGCAGAGAAGGAAGCAAGGAAUAAGGCAGAGAAGCAGAAGAGAGACCUGAAUGAAGAGCUUGAGGCUCUAAAGAAUGAACUGCUUGACAGCUUAGAUGUUACUGCAGCCCAGCAAGAGCUGAGAACUGCUAGGGAGAAGGAGCUUGCCAACAUAAAGAAAGCUUUGGAGGAUGAGACAAGCAACCAUGAGACUUCAGUUACCGAGAUGAGACACAAACACAGCCAUGAGAUUUCACAGCUCAACAACAAUAUUGACCAGCUUAAGAAAUCCAAGGCUUCAGCAGAAAAAGCUAAGGCACAGCUGGAGGCAGAGUUGGCAGAUAUGGCUACAGAGCUCAAGUCAAUCUCUGGAAACAAACAGGAGGCAGAAAGGAGAAGGAAACAGCUAGAAAGUCAGGCUGGUGAACUUGGGGCUAAACUAGCAGAAAGUGAAUCCCGAUGCCAAGAGGCUCAAGAGAGGCUUUCAAAGAUAACCGCUGAAAUGGAAUCCAUGGCUUCUGCUCUUGAGAUCGCUGAGUCAAAGGCUAACCAGGCCAGCAAAUCCACUGAGGGUUUGGAGUCGCAGCUUGUCGAGACUGUAGCAAAUUUGGAAGAGGAGACCAGACAGAAGCUUGCUAUUAACAGCAAGCUGAGGUCUAUGGAAGGAGAGAAGGAGCAUAUCCUUGAACAGCUGGAGGAAGAAGAAGCUAGAGCAAAGGUACUUGAAAAGAAUCUGAGCACUGCUUCCCAGCAGCUUGCUGAUGCCAGACGGAAAGCCGAGGAAGAGAGUGAAGCUGUUGCCAGACUUGAAGAAAUCAGGAAGAAGCAAAGCAAGGAUCUUGAGGAGGUGACACACAAGAUGGAAGAGCAGCAGGCCAUCAAUGACAAGCUUGAUAAAUCUAAAAAGAAAUUAUCCCAAGAGCUAGAUGAUGCUAACAUUGAACUUGACAGUCACAGAAACAAGGUGCUUGAGCUCGAGAAGAAACAGAGAAACUUUGACAAGAUUUUGGCAGAAGAGAAGCUGAAUGGAGAACGUAUCAGCGCUGAAAGAGAUAGUGCUGAACGGGAUGCUCGUGAGAAAGAGACAAAGCUGCUCAAUCUACAUCGUGAACUUGAGGAUCUCCAGGCUCAGUUGGAUGAGUCCGAGAGAUCUCGUCGCCAGCUGCAAGCUGAGUUGGACGAUCUUGCAAAUACACAGGGAACCGCAGACAAGAAUGUCCAUGAACUGGAGAAAGCUAAGAGGCAACUGGAGCAAGAGCUUGCCGAGCAAAAAACUCAGCUUGAAGAACUAGAGGAUGAGCUUCAGCAGACUGAGGACCAGAAAAUGAGGUUGGAGGUUAACAUGCAGGCUUUAAGAACACAGUUUGAACGUGACCUUGCUGCCAAGGAGGAGGCAGGAGAGGAAAAGAGACGAGGAAUGGCAAAACAGGUUCGUGACCUAGAGGCUGAGUUGGAUGAGGAGAGAAAACAGAGACAGGCAGCUGUUAACGCAAAGAAGAAGCUGGAAACAGACUACAAGGACCUGGAGUCCACAAUGGAUAUGAAUACUAAGAUGAAGGAGGAUGCUCUGAAACAGCUCAAGAAGCUGCAGCAAGCCAUGAAAGAGAUCCAGAGGGACGCUGAGGAAGCUCACUCUAGCAAAAAUGAUGUUCUGCAACAGAGCAAGGAGCUAGAGAAGAAAAUCAAAGCUCUUGAAGCGGAGCUUGUCCAACUACAGGAGGAUCUUUCCGCCGCUGACCGUGCCAGGCGGACAGCUGAGACUGAGCGUGAUGAGCUGCAGGAGGAGCUGUCCAACAGCAGCGGAAAGGGUGCUCUCGCCAUGGAUGAAAAGAGACGCUUGGAUGCUCGCAUUGCUGCUCUUGAAUCUGAACUGGAAGAGGAGCAGACCCAAUCUGAAAUGCUGAUGGAACGAACACGCAAGUCUCAGAUCAGUAUAGAGCAGCUUACAACUGAGCUGGCCACAGAGCGCGGAGCUGCACAGAAAAUGGAAAACUCUAAGAUGAUGCUUGAGAGACAGAAUAAGGAGCUGAAAUCAAAACUGGAAGAAAUCGAAAACAGCAACAGAGCCAAGGCUAAGGCUGCAAUAGCUGCCCUUGAGUCUAAGGUGAAUAACCUGGAAGAACAGCUGAGCGCUGAAGCACAGGAGAGAAUGAUUGCAGCAAAGAACAACAGUUUAUUAUUUAAUACCUUUGACGAUUUGAUGAUUUUAAUCGGACGAUUUGUUUUACAGACGAACACCCGAAUGAAGGCAAUGCGUCGUCAACUGGACGAGGCCGAGGAGGAGAUAAGCCGAGAAAAGGCGCACAGACGAAAGGCUCAGCGUGAAUUGGACGACUACGUAGAGUCCAAUGAGAGUAUGAACCGAGAGAUUAACAAUCUCAAGAAUAAAUUGAGGAACAGCACGAUGAGUAGUCGGUCAGCGCGCCGGGCAGCCGGGGACCUAUCCAGCCUUCUCUCAGCCAGGGAGUCGGAGUCACCUCUCACCAUGUCCUCGGAGGAUCUUUCUACAAGAUCAGCCUCCCCACGGUUCAGUUCUACACUAGUAGAUGGAGACAAGCGAGGUGUUUGUGGUCUUCCAUCUUCCCGACUUAUGAAAGCGCGCGGCAGUGUCGCUCCUGGUGACGAUUCGUCUUUACCAGACGACACCGUGGACAGUGUUGACGAGUCAGAAAAGUGACUAGCGUGAGUCACCUCGGGAUAGGGUGGACUAGUGCACCCACUGUACAUAGGACCAGAUAUCAGAUGUCCAGAAACUACAUCUAGUGGACAAAAUGUGCACUACAGCAGCCUAUCCCUCAUAGCGGUGCCUAGCGGAUAUUUUGUUAACUAAACCGGACAUCUAUCGUACAGUUCUUGUACUAGUCCCCUUAAGUGACCACUGCAGGGUGGAAGUUGCCGGCGGGCGCUUCUAGAUUCUGCCAAUCUUGUGAUUUUUUAUGGUCCAGUUUAUUUUAUCAGUUGUAUGACCUAUGUAUUUUCUAGUUGCCAUAUAAACAUUAAAAUGAUUUAACACUUGCGAUUCUACCGAUUGUGUUACCUAUUCUUUCCAUUUCUCCAGAUUAUGCGCAUUUUUCAUAAUUUUCAAAACAUUCGUAUCAUUGGCAUCGUUCCAAGUGAAUUUUUCCAUGCAUUUGAAAUAAUUCAGUGGUUUAAAACCAUUCUUACUUCUAAAGCUUGUUCAUGGCUAUUGGGUAUUUUUAAGCUAGUUCUUUCUGAGAAGUGUACUUAACUUUAAGCAUUCUUUUAAGACUAAUGAUUAGCAAAAGAAGCUUUUUUAUACUUUGAUAAUUUUAUAAUUAUAUAUAAUGUCCGGUGAAUGCUUGUUAAAGCUUCUAGCAGGAGUAUGUACGCCUCGGCCCGGUUGUAUUUAAACAACAGCAUGGUUAGUGUUGUGUUUUAACAAUCCGGAAGCACCCGGCCGUGGCGCACAAACCCAUAUGUGUUUUGUUUCCCCCCGAAGGUCUGUCAGAAAUAUAUAAUUUUACCAAAAUUUGGAUUUGAACUAAAUUUUGUACAAGUGCUUGAGUUGUAAGAACUAAUAUUUUUGUUACAAUAGAAUAAAUUAUGUAAAAAAAAA